UUGUAUUUGGCAAAUUAUUGUAAUGAUAAACUAACUGUAAAUUCAAGGCCAUUAUUCAAUGAGUGUGAUUCGGUAUGAAGACCAGGUUCUAUCCCCUCUGAUGAAAAAAGAGCUUGUACGAAAAUUGCUCUUCAAGUUACUGCUGUUGGUAGGUUUAGAUUAGGUUAUGGCAGAUGUCAACUAAAGGCAAUUUUCAUGAAUCGCACUGGGCAUGCGUAAUCACGGACAAAUGAGGCCCAUCCAAAAACCUUGAUCCGCCCAACUCUCACCAUUCCUCACCAUCAUUCCAGGCCCAAGCUAAACGAGAACCCGAGCAAGAACCAUGGCUACAGAGAAGGAGAAAAAGGGCAAGAGAAGCUUUGACGAUGUUUUGUGCAUGGUGGGCGAGUUUGGGCCGUUUCAGAGAUGGCUGUACUUCUUUAUAGGUCUGACGGGGAUCCCGACCGGAUGUCAGAAUAUCGCCAUGGUGUUUCUUGGCGGAGACCAGGAUCAUUGGUGCAAUGUCCCUGGACUUUCGCCAGCCAACUUCACGUCUGCGAGAUAUCGCGAGAUCGCCAUCCCCAUGGAAACGAAUGGAUACAGUCGUUGUAAACAUUUUAACAUUGCAUUUCAAAACCUCACUUCUGACGAACUUGCAUCUUGGAACCGAACACUCAUGAUCUCGAAUCUGACGGAAACCGUCACGUGCUCAGCAGGCUGGAUUUUCGACCAAUCGCAGUACCUAACUACUGUCCAGAGCUGGUUCACUACAGUGUGUGACCAGAGUUUCCUGACGCCCUUGGUUUCGACCAUCUACAUGGCAGGAUUCUUGGUCGGAUGCGUCGUGUACGGGGCGCUAUCAGACGCAAUUGGUAGAAAGAAAACUAUCAUCGGGUGUCUCGUGUUGGAAGUUGCAUUCGGAGUUUCAGCGGCAUUUUCACCCAACUACGCCGUGUUUUGUGUCCUACGAUUCUUCGUGGGGACUAGUGCAGCGGGAUCAUUCACGACUGCCUUUGUCAUCGUUAUGGAAAUCAUCGGGCCUAACUACAGAAUGGCUCCAGGCAUCUUCGUCCAGGGGUGGUUCGCCCUCGGCUUCCUGAUUCUUACCGUUGUCGCCUUCUUCAUUCGUGACCAGUGGUUGCUGCAGCUCGUCCUUGUAUCACCAGUCAUCAUUUUACCAGUGAUAUACGCAGUGGUCUGCCCCGAGUCUCCACGCUGGCUUGUGUCGAAAGGCAGAUACGUGGAAGCCCAGAUGAUCCUUAAAAGCAUCGCAAAGACAAAUGGCAGGAAGCUACCGAAGGGAUUCAAUCUAGAGGAAGAAUUAGACAUUCCUACGGUGGACGAAAAUGCCAGCAAGCCAAGCAUUGUUGACCUGGUCAAAACACCGCGAAUGAGAGUGCGAUCUCUGAAUAUUUUCUUCAACUGGUUCGUCAACUCAUUUGUCUACUACGGGCUCAGCCUGAACGGUGGCGCCCUCGGCGACGUCUACAUCAACUCGGCAAUCUCCGCCGCGGUGGAAUUCCCCGCCUACGUCUUUUGCAUUCUGAUCUUAGAUCGUAUCGGUCGGAGAUUGCCACUGGCUGGGACUAUGAUCGUAGGUGGCGCCGCGUGUCUUGGCUUCAUUCCAAUACUUCAGAAUGAGAACCUUUCCGCCGUGAGAACUGCCUUGUCCAUUUUGGGAAAGUUUGGUAUAACUUGCUCGUUUGCCAUCAUCUAUAACUAUUCAGCAGAGGUUUUCCCAACAGUCAUCCGAAAUGUCGGAGUGGGCACUGGUUCUAUGCAUGCCCGUAUAGGGGGCGUGCUGGCUCCUCAGGUGGCGCUCCUGACGAGUGUCUGGUUUGGUCUCCCCUCCCUUCUCUUCGGCGUGACAUCCGUCCUGGCAGGGACACUGGCAUUCCUCCUCCCCGAGACACUGCAUCAGGAACUCCCGGAGACGAUUGAGGACGGGGAAAGAUUUGGAUCAAAGUAUUACAAACCAAAGGAUUCCGAAACUGGCGUUGCCAAUAUGGGGAUGGAUGACGUCACGGACGAUACUAUCAAUACAACCAAUGAUGCGAAUGAUGGUAAUCCGGGAACUUCAACUGAGAAGUUGACUGACAAUUGA